AUGUCUGGACGUGGCAAAGGAGGAAAGGGGCUCGGUAAGGGAGGCGCAAAACGUCACCGUAAAGUGCUGAGAGAUAACAUCCAAGGUAUUACUAAGCCAGCUAUCCGACGUUUGGCUCGUCGAGGUGGUGUAAAGCGUAUUUCUGGCUUGAUCUAUGAAGAGACUCGCGGUGUUCUUAAGGUCUUCCUAGAAAAUGUUAUCCGGGACGCUGUCACAUACACUGAGCACGCUAAGAGGAAAACUGUGACCGCCAUGGACGUGGUAUACGCAUUGAAAAGACAAGGCCGUACGCUAUAUGGCUUCGGCGGUUAA